CAGGCCGCACUUCCCACUUCCCAGUGAAGGAGGCUAAUAACGUAUGCGCCAUGCAUGUGCAAGAGGACCGAUGGAAAUAGCUAAGAAAAGUGACGUACUUAUAGGAUAUGCAGCUGCUGUUGGUUGCCCAGCUGAGAGUUGUGAAGCAGGGAAAGCUGGCGUAUGUCAGGGGUGUCCUGGGAGGGAGCUAUGUUUGCAGCAGCAAGGUGGAGUUGAUGAAGACCAGAAGUAUAUAAACGUCAGAAUGAAGGCAAUCAAAAAAAAAAUUCUUGUGUUAUCAGGAAAAGGAGGAGUGGGAAAAUCUACUGUUGCUGCAUGUCUGGGUAUGGCCCUGGCAAAACUCAAUACUAAGGUUGGCAUACUUGAUCUUGACAUCUGUGGACCUAGCAUACCAAAACUCUUGGCUGUAGAAGGCCAGGCUGUAGUCAACUCUCAGUAUGGCUGGACUCCACUCAGGUCCCCCCAUUCUGAAGUGAAAGUGAUGUCUGUUGGGUGUCUACUUGGUGAAUCUGACAGUCCAGUGGUGUGGAGGGGACCUAGGAAAUCAUCUCUAAUCAAGCAAUUCCUGAAGGAUACUUUCUGGGGGCGGUUGGACUACCUUAUAUUUGAUACUCCUCCUGGGACGUCUGAUGAGCAUCUAACUGUGGUGAAGAUGUUGCUGAAUGUGAAACCAGAAGGGGCAAUCCUGGUAACCACACCGCAAGAUGUUGCAUUGGCUACAAUUCGAAAAGAGAUAAGUUUCUGUCGAAAGAUGAGUCUAAACAUUAUCGGCAUAGUGGGGAACAUGGCAUCAUACGUGUGCCCUUGCUGUAAGGAGGAGUCUCCAAUUUUUACAGAUGAUGGAGGAGUUCAAAGCUUGUGCAAUGAGUACAGUAUUCCGUUUUUGGGAACAGUACCCUUAGACCCAGUAACAUCAAUAAAACAUUUUUUAACAGGUUCUGGUGAUGUGCUGUGAAACAGGAACCAAUGUAUAUGAACAGAACUCAAUUGCAGCAGAUACCCUUUUAGAUAUUGCCAGGACACUUUUAUGAUUCAGAGUGCUAAUGAUUUGAUUAAUGAACCCAGAA